ACCUUUACCGCAGCUGAGGACUGCGACGAGAGUCGUUGCACCUGGGACGCUAUGCAGUGCAAAAGUAUCGUACUCGUAUAAAUGCAUUACAGAUUUCCUCAGCAUGAGCGAUAAAGUUUGUAAUGCGGAUUUACCUUAAAAAAGAGAUUUGUAAUGCAAGACUUGCAUUAGCAUUCAUACGAGUGCGAUACUUUUGCACAGGAUAGACGCAAACGCCGACGAGGGGGAAUAUGACAGUGCACAACUCGUCCCCCUCCCCUUCAUUUGUGCGGCAAGAACAGCAACACAAGCAACGACAGCGAUGCCACUUCCGCAUGACAAAUUUGCACGCUUGUAGUGCGGUUUGGGGUUCCAAAAUUUGGCAUGCAGACACUGCCUAGGGCCAGGGUCGUGUGGACUUGGUAUUUUGCAUCAUUUAUAGAAAUGUAUAAAGGGGAGGUGGGGUUGAGGUUGUGCACUCUCAUAGGAAAAAGUGCUCCGACGUUGAAAAAUAUCCAGUGCAAAAGUGAUGUCUCCGCCUCAUGAUUUUUUUUAUGCGACGUCUUGGUGUUCGCUGUGACAAUGAAAAAGGAACACGAUGCCCUCUUUGAUGUUUCUUCAUGCAAAAUAAAGAACCCGCCUCAGCCUCAGUGGGAAGUUUCUUUUUGGUCGUGGUACAGUGUCAGUGAGAAGUACUUUUUACUUACUUACACAACCGCGACCUUAUCUCGAGGCCAGUUAUUUGUCAUGCGAAUAUACGCGGCUCGGGCUCGCUCCAACUGAAUUUUCAGACUAACUAGGACUGCAAGAUGAACCUUUCGCGUUCUUGAUCUUCUAUUGAAAUAAAGCCUGCCGCUCCCAUGCCUGGAACUUACAGCGAAAAUAAUUAUGUCGCAAUGAUCACCUUCACCAGUUGGAGACAGUUUUUUGCACUGUGAUACUCAGGACGAAGAGGCGGAGGAGGAUUGCUGCGGCUACUGAGCAACCGCUUCUCACAAUUUGUGGAUGCGCAUCGCUCGUCCGGAAUCACCGGCAGCAAAAAAUGGCGAACUACCUUUAAUACCGUCGUGUAAGUCAAUGGCUCACCAGUUUCACCCCCAGCUCAAUUUCUAUUUCACAGAAAAGUCACCGCAUGAUUGGGAAGGGAUACUAGUCAUCGGAAUUCUUUCGAAAAUAUUUCCAGAACAAGUGGCCUAGAAUUUUUUUUUUAUGGGCAGAGUAUUACAGUCAGAAAACAUGAUCGCCACUCCUUCAUUUCAUAUCAUCUUCUAGAUCUAGCACAGCAGGCACGACCACCAUCGCAUAUACAAACAAGAACAACAGAAAGACCCAAUUACAAUUUUUUAUUUGAACCCUUAGUCCUGAGCAGGCAAAGAUUUUGUUCGUAUCCCGAAUUUUAUCUUCGAUCUUCACUUCUUCUGCAAUUUUACACACAUGGAUCAUGAGCUUUAUUUCUUUUUGCAGUGAAAAAACUAAAACCUCAACAAACUCCGCGUGUGCGAGAGGAGUUCUUGUACAAGAUCGCGCAGGGAACCAGCUGGAGGCACUGCUGCGUCUAUAAUCGACGUAUGCUUUCCUUGUCCUGCCACCUUGUCUAGGUUCCUUCUCGUCACGCGUCCGUUUUGCUUCGUAUCCCGAAACAAAAUUUAGUUUGGAACCGUUGCCGCAAGUAGAGGACCUCCGUGGUUCUUCUUCUUCGGGUUGUAGCACGGGGCAUAGGUGGUACUCAUCUUGAAGUUAGCACAUUACUUGUCAUCAUCGCGAGAAGUAGUAGGCUACACAUGAUUGUGAUGCAAACAAGAGCUGCAGGCUCCAUGACACGACCAGAAGGAGGACCACUACAUGCGAAGUAGAAGUUAGUACUUGAUCGAGGUUACAGAAU